ACCAGAUAGCCCUACUAUGAUCGUGUUUGAGAUGUAAACAGCUUGAGUGCAUGCUUAUAUAAGGAUGCCUGAAAAUCAUCUUACGUAGUAAUAAAAUCAUCAACGAAAGAAAACUUCGUCAAGAACGCUGUAUCGAUUUACUAAACUCUCUCCGGCACAGCGUGUGAUUACAUUAGCUGUCUGUAACAUUCCGCCGCACGUCACCCACCACCGACGAAUCUAUAUUUCGUACGAUAUGCCACGAACAUAAAUUCUACAGAAAUUUGGAUUCUGUGAAAAAAAAACUCAACGUUAUCAAGUCAACGUUACUUUUCAUCGUGUUCAUCGAACAUAGAGAUAUUAUUUAUUAUUUAUCUCAUAACAUUAUAUCUAUCUUAUAAAUCAAAAGAUGACUGUCGGUCUGAAGACAAUGAGUUUAAUCAAAUCGAGCCGCCGAGUUCGGAGAAGUUUAAAUGUACGCAAUGUGAGUGAUCAACUUCUCGCAGAUGGUGAGGUCAAGAAGACAAGAAUAUCGCUAAAUAUCAACACGAACAUGUUGAAAAUCGGUUUUCUCGGCGGAGGAAAAAUGGCCCAAGCACUUGCAAAGGGUUUCAUACGGGCAGGUUUAAGCAAGGGCGACAUGAUAUUGGCGAGUUGUCUUCCUAACGAUACGGGAAGCGUAGAAACAUUUAAGGCAAUGGGAUCAAAAUCCGUGUUCACUAAUAAUACCGUUAUCGAUUACGGAGAUAUCCUGAUCCUCUCGGUAAAGCCGCAAGUUGUGCCGCAAGUUCUUCCAGAGUUAAAGAAUAGUAAGAAAUUACUCAUCUCCAUCGCCAUGGGUAUCCCCUUGGCAUUGUUAGAGAAGGCACUUCCACAAGGAACACCUGUUAUAAGAGUAAUGCCGAAUACACCGGCCUUGGUGGGCUGCGGCGCUACGGUAUAUACACGUGGGAAGCAUGCCGGUGACAAGGAGGCCGAGAUCGCGGAGAAGUUAUUUUCCGCCGUAGGUUUCUGCGAAGAAAUCCAGGAAAAUCUCAUUGAUUCCGUCACCGGUUUGGCUGGCUCCGGUCCUGCCUAUAUAUGCAUGGUAAUCGAAGCGUUGGCCGAUGGUGGUGUAAAAAUGGGCCUUGCCAGAUCGACUGCAUAUAAGCUUGCUGCACAAACCGUUCUAGGUGCCGGUACCAUGAUUCGCGAGACGAAUCUUCAUCCGGGUCAACUUAAAGAUGACGUAUCUUCACCAGCAGGAAGCACUAUAAGCGCCAUUCAUUAUUUGGAGCAACAUGGCUUGAGAUCAGCGCUAAUCGGCGCUGUGGAAGCCGCAACGCUUCGGUGUAGACAAGUUACUGCGGAAUUUGAAAAGAAAUAAAAAAAUCAAGGUUCUGAUGUCAACCCUACACCCCCAGUAGAUGUGUCCCUCCACCAUUUUGUAUUAGCUGACAAUUCACUCAAUUCACCUGUUGAUACUAAACAAAAUAAAAGGGUGAUGGUAAAUAUAUCUUGUGCGAUAAGCGCAGUAAGAAGCUGAUUAUAUAGAUGAUUUCAAGUUUACCCAUGCUGUUAUCAAAUUUAUAAAAUACAGAUGUAUUUUGUGUUU